CGCACAUUGAGGGAAGACUUCAGGUACUCAGGAGGGGAUAGCUUUGGUGGGAAGACAUGACCAUGUUCCUCACAGGGGUUUAUCAAAACACUCCCCACAUAUUUGCCCACAGCUACAUGCCGUGCCUGCACAGAGCUCUCGAGCACAUGGGGGCACAUCUCCUGCCUGUACUGACGUGAUGGUGCUCGGGAAAGCCUCAGGCCUCUCAUGCCAACACUUCAAAAGAACCUCUGUGAGCUAAUGGCCAUGUCAGCAAUGGGGAAAUGAAAUGGCAGUGUUGACAGAAACCAAAACACAACCCGGGGCAUUUGGGAGGACAGUCUGCUUUGGAGAUGAGUCUGUAGGAAAAUUACUGCCCCUGUGCAGUGCCUGUGGGCCUGGGGCGGUGCAGGAGCAGUAUAAAAGCAGGACCUUCUCCUCACUCUCCCAUCCACUCCUUCAGCUCCAUCUUGUUGGGAACAAGGUGCAUCUGCAGCCCCAAGCCAUGUCCUGCUACAGCCCGUGCCGGCCCUGCCAGCCCUGUGGCCCCACCCCACUGGCCAACAGCUGCAAUGAGCCCUGUGUCAGGCAGUGCCAGGACUCCCACGUGGUCAUCGAACCCUCCCCUGUGGUGGUGACCCUGCCUGGCCCCAUCCUCAGCUCCUUCCCACAGAACACCGCCGUGGGAUCCUCCACCUCUGCUGCUGUUGGCAGCAUCCUCAGCUCUCAGGGAGUGCCCAUCAACUCUGGGGGCUUUGGCCUCUCUGGCCUGGGCAGUGGCCUCUGUGGCAUCAGGGGUCUCCCCUGCUGA